GCGUAUUAUUGUUUUAAUCUGGUCAGGGAUUUAGGGACAAGAAGAUCGCAACCCCUGUGCUCUAUUGUGCACGGUCAGCACACUAUGAAGCAGUUCGUCAGGAUGAGUGAGCAGUAGUCGAAAGCAAUCCGUCGUAUCCUUUCUCAAUUUUCAAACUCAUUCCAUCCUUUCUUUCAUGUCCCCAUCGAGACCAUGGGGAUCACCAAUACCCUCUCAAAUAUGUUGACAACCAGCAGACCAAAUCCUACGCGAGUACGCACGUGGCGUAGGCUACAAUGCUUAGGGAUCUCGCAGAAUGGACAUCAUUACAGACAAUCUGCUACAUUUCAGCGACCGUUGAGCUGCCAGACUUCUCGCAUCAAAGCGAGGGCUCUUCAAGGCUCAUUUAGGCCUUCAGUCGAUAUCAGGCACCUCACCACUUCUCCGAUUUCUGCGUCCAACUCGCUCACAACAGACCCGCUUUCUUCUGUGUCAGAUUCACCAAUGGUUUACAAACCACCGACCAAGGGGAUUAUCUCCAAGCUUCCUGCGGCGUGGAUACCUUAUGCCGAGCUGAUUCGUCUCGACAAGCCUGCCGGGACAUAUUAUCUUUUCUUUCCCUGCCUGUUCUCGACUCUUCUGGCAGCUCCAAUGGUAACACCGAUGGCCUCUCCACUUGAAGUUGCCACAUCGACCGCUCUUUUCUUCACCGGAGCUUUGAUCAUGAGGGGUGCCGGCUGUACAAUCAAUGAUUUGUGGGACCGUAAUCUGGACCCUCAUGUUGAGCGAACCAAGCUACGGCCAAUCGCCCGGAAGGCUGUCAGUGUCCCCAAGGCAAUGGUAUACCUGGGUGGACAGCUGACGGCUGGCCUGGCUUUGCUCUUGCAGUUUCCGACAUCUUGUUUUUUCUACGGUGCACCUAGUCUUCUUUUGGUGGUCAUCUAUCCUCUGGCGAAACGAGUGACGCAUUACCCACAGUUUGUGCUUGGAUUAACCUUCUCAUGGGGGGCAAUCAUGGGUUUUCCCGCUCUUGGGAUCGACUUCCUUUCCGAUACCACGGCCUUGCCCGCUGUUGCGGCCCUCUACUCCAGUUGCGUGGCUUGGACUUUGGUUUAUGACAUGAUAUAUGCCUACAUGGACAUCAAGGACGACGCCAAAGCCGGCAUCAAGUCGAUAGCGCAAGCGCACGAACAGCAUCCCAAGACGGUUUUGUCCAUCUUCUCCGCCACUCAGAUAGGUCUGUUGGCGACAGCUGGUUAUUUUGCUGGUGCCGGCCCCGUUUUCUUCAUCGGAAGCUGUGGCGGGGCAGCCCUGACCCUGGCAACGAUGAUUCGUCGGGUCAACCUGAAGGAUGUAAAGGAUUGUUGGUGGUGGUUUGUUAACGGGGCCAAGUUAACGGGCGGAACCAUAUCGUUGGGGCUUUUAGGUGAUUAUCUGUAUCGACGUUCGAGGGAGGUGCCCACAGGUAUGACAGCGACAAUGGACAUGUCCUAGUCCAGCCUGUUUCAGGAGAGUGUGCUCAGCCACCAUUGGUAGUACUCUCCUGUUGUACGAUAUCUAGUUGUAGAUGAUGUUCCAAAUGGUGAACAAGAUCCCUCCAAUCCAUCAUGGCACCAUCUCCAACAUCCCCACAGGCAAGCUCUUUCUCCAUGGGCCGCAAAACGGUGACCCAUCCAUCCUCUCCUUGGC